CAGCCGUGCGUCCGCGUUGCUGCCCCUCCCCUCUACGUGCCCAGGAGUUGGUGGUGGGAGGGUGGAGGCUGGUGGAGAAUAUGGCUCUAAUACAGAGAGUAUUCAGACAUACAGUAUUGCCAUUUUACUGCUAUUCACUAAUGUCUGGGUGGUUGCAAAGAUGGUGACUGCAGAUGACAGCCAGUGGGAUGAAACCAUCUGUGACAUGGCUGUUUGCCAACAUCCGCAGUGCUGGGACACUAUAAGGAGGAUUGAACAGGGACAUCCUCGGGUCCGUUUAAGAAACUUUGACUCACUCUGCAGGGCUUCUUCUUUGGAAAGCAAAGAUGAAUUACCAACACUGAAGAUAAUAAACUUCCCCAGCAAUUGCUCUCCUCGAGGAAAGAUCAGAUGUUCCAAUUGUAACAGAACUAUUUCCACCUUCGCUGCACUUGAGACCUCUUUCUCUCCUUCUUCUCUGUAUGAUACUUCAGUCUAUGACUUCUCUGACCGAAAUUCUGAAGUCAGUUCAGAAAGAACUCAUUUCCCAGGACUGAACUCAGUGGUAGGGUCACACACGAUCCCACAGACAGAGAUGAGCUUCACCAACUUGAAUAGAGUUGGAAAUCUCCAAGUGAUGGAUCUCAGUGAGGUUGCUGCUCCCCAGCAGGACUACUGUCCAGACAGUGGAAAUUUGAUUGUUAAAUGGGUCCCAAACGUACACAGAAAAUCUCAGAGGCCUGACAUGGAAGCAGUAACAGAACUAAAGCCUUUAAGAAGAGUAUGUGUUAAAAACCUUGCUUCUGAAAAUCUCUUUUCCCUCAAAGAACUGCAAAGCAAAGGAAGAGAUCUUGACAUUAAGAGAAAGAAGUCCAAGAAGGUCCCUUCAGGAGGCCAACCCUAUCAGCUGCUUACAAACAGAAGCCAGAAAAUUAAGUUGGUGACCAAAAAAAUAAAAUCAGUCCCAAGCCACAGAGGUGACAGUUCUGCAGCCAAAGAAGGGAAACCAAAGGAUAGUCCAAUAAAAAAUAGAUAUUCUUCCCCCAGACUCCUGCAGACUGCUACAAUAGUAGAGCUGCAAGAUCAGGGUGCCCUGCAGCUGGGGAACCGGAGAGUGGAUGUGCUGGAUGCUACAGAGAAGCACACAUGUCCUUUGCUUGUGCAGAAGAUUCCAGUCGUGAGUUUGAAAGAACAAGGCCUGGAAAGAAUCAGCAACAGUCCUUAUCUGAGGAAAGCAUUUGAAGGCUCCUUCGGCAUGAAGAGCCACGAGACCAAUCUAGAACAGCAACCGGGCUAUGCUGAAGCCGGGCUAAUUGUACUCACCACCCAGUCUCUGGAGUCCUGCACGCUAGAGGGCACAGAGGAAGCCUCUGCCAACAAAAAACAACUGUCACAAAAACCAUCUGAAGAGCAGGAAUCCCAGGAAGAGGAAGGCCCCAGGAAGCAACACAUGGGACUUGGGAAAAGAAGGUCUUCGGGGAUGUAUGUGCUGUACAACAGCAGCACGGCAAGCCUGGUCCUUGAGGGUGUUGAAGACAAUGGGUACCUGCUGCCAAGGCCAGGAGCACAGCAUGAAAUGUCCUGCAAGCGCCUAGCAAGCAGGAAGGAAGCAGCACAGGCACUGGGCUAUCUUCAGGGAGGGAGCAGCCCGCUGCAGCCAAGCCCAGCUGCUCUAACACCAGACAAUGAUAAACAUGAAGAUGACUCUUACCCUCCUCCCCCUCCCCCUCCCCCUUCUCCUUUCCCACUGAGGGACAAUGACAAGCCUUCCCCAGAUGUAGAAUCCCCUCUCUUCAGAGAGGACAGCGCUCUAAGGGCAUCCAGUGAACAAGGCCACCGUCUUGAUUAACCCUUCAUUAGAUAAUUGCAGUGGGAACUUGACCCUAUAAUGUGUGGUGAUUGUAAGUGAAUGUGCAGGUUAAGGCACAGUUUGAUUGAGUUCAGGCACUCUCCUUGGGUGCCUGCUCUUGCCAUAGACAGCUGCAUCAAGAGACCAAGAAGGAGGGUGAGUGAGGUAACCUGCCUGCUCCAGGGACCUUUGAAUGUACAGGACAGCUUGAAUGCUCUGUGCUUUGUAAUUAAAACCACAGCUUUCCAUCCUC